AGUGAUCACAACCAGCGGUGUUUUGGGGGGUGCUUUCUGUGGUCUGCUCAGUGCACGGCAGUGACUGGCUGAUAAAGCACGGGCAAGGAGAGGAAGCGCGCUUGCCUGCUUCGGGGAACGCUUCUGUCAACAAUCAAAUUUCCCCACCACUGUCACCCAAGUUCGACCUUCAGGCUUCCGAAGAACGACCAACCUUCAAAUUUCCACUUCUCCAGCCAAACCCGCCCGUUGUUGUUGUUGUCUUGUGACCCAGCUGGUGUCUUUGGUUUUGCUGACAGGCUAUAUUCAUAUUGCACCUUUCUCUUUUUUUUGCAGCAAAGAGUACUUCUGCUACCAAGUCAAGAUGCGUGAGAUUAUCAGCUUGAACGUCGGCCAGGCCGGUUGCCAGAUCGCCAACUCCUGCUGGGAGCAUCACCCCUCUCUCGACUCGUCCUCCUCCCCGGUUGCCCGCAUCGUCAUCAGAGCUGCCUCGCCUCGUGACAACACACCAGGCGACAUCAUGACUUUCGAUCUCCUCUGCUCGGCACCGAUGAACACUACAUUCGAUAUGCUUGAUGGAAUAGGGACUUUACUGACCUUACAUGUGUAG